ACAAACAACAAAUUUUGUUGUUUUUAGGGUUUGACAAAGAAAGAAGACGAUGGCGAAAGCUGCAACAGAGAUGGAAGAGCUUCCGAGGACUAUCGUGCGCAGGGUGGUGAAAGAGAAGAUCUCCCGGUUAUCCGAGGAAGUAGAAAUCUCUGUUAACAAAGACGCUCUUCUCGCUUUCUCCGAGAGUGCCAGGAUCUUCAUUCAUUAUCUCUCUGCUACGGCAGAUGACAUAUGCAAAGAUUCGAAGAGACAAAUUAUCAAUGCGGACGAUGUUUUGAAAGCGAUUGAAGAAAUUGAAUUUCCAGAGUUUAUUGGGCCUCUCAAAGCCUCUUUAGAUGCUUUUAGAAGAAAGAAUGCUGCAAAGAAAGCAGUAGCAGCAAAGACAAAGGUUGUGAGCAAGAAAAGGAAAAUGGAAAACAAGCCCCCAGAGCAAAAUGGAGAUAGAGAGGUUGAGGAAGGUGAUGGUGAAGAUGGCAAUGAAGGCGAUGGUGCCAAUGUUAAUGACUGAGGGAAAGUAAUUCUAUUAUGUCACUAUAAUAUCUGUUUACCAUUUUUGUACAGAGAAGUGAUGCUGUAAAAUGUCAAUGGCAUCAUUUGCAA